UUGUGACGUCAGCUGGGCCGCUCGCAGCCGUUACCGGUGGAAAGAAGAUGGUGCUCAUCAAGGAAUACCGUGUGGUCUUGCCAUGCUCAGUGGAAGAGUAUCAAGUCGGGCAACUCUUCUCUGUGGCUGAGGCCAGUAAAAACGAGACGGGUGGUGGAGAGGGUAUUGAAGUGCUGAAGAACGAACCGUAUGAGAAAGAAGGCGAGAAAGGACAAUACACACACAAAAUCUACCACUUAAAGAGUAAAGUGCCAGGCUUUGUGAAGAUGAUCGCACCUGAGGGGGCUUUAGUUUUCCAUGAAAAAGCUUGGAAUGCUUAUCCGUACUGCCGCACAAUUGUGACUAAUGAAUACAUGAAAGAUGACUUCAUGAUUAAAAUCGAAACUUGGCAUAAACCUGACAUGGGGUCUUUAGAGAAUGUACAUGAAUUGGACCCCACCACAUGGAAGACGGUAGAGGUUGUGCAUAUCGAUAUAGCGGAUCGCUCUCAAGUUGAACCAGGAGACUAUAAGCAAGAUGAAGACCCAGAAAUCUUUCAUUCAGAGAAAACAGGCAGAGGGCCUUUAGGACCGGACUGGAAAAAAGAGCUCUUGGCCAAGCCAGACGCCCCUCGUAUGUGUGCGUACAAACUAGUCACCGUCAAGUUCAAGUGGUGGGGACUUCAAACUAAAGUAGAAAACUUCAUACACAAGCAAGAGAAGAGAAUCUUCACGAACUUCCACCGUCAGCUCUUCUGUUGGAUUGACAACUGGGUGGAGCUCACCAUGGAGGACAUCCGCCGGAUGGAGGAGAAGACACAGAGAGAGCUGGAGGAGAUGCGUCAGAAGGGGUCCGUACGAGGCACAACGGCAGCUGAGGAGUAGCCGAAUACUUUGUAGUAACAAAAGGCAGGUGGAGUGACUCCCUUCGUAAAACUGGUCAGGUUCGAGGCACCAGUGCUGCUCACGAACAAUGAAGCAAAACUAAAGAAUCCUACCACAACACCGCUUGACGAUCGACAUGACUGCAUUCAACCAACCGGCCAGUGGUGGCGCUGUUCUCCACCAGACUAAAGAAUGACACAAUGAUCAGCAGUACUGUAUUCACCUCCUGUACGACACUCAACCUGCCAACAGGGUGGAAACAGUUUUACACUGGAUGAAAUUUCGCCUGUUUUCUAAACCGUCAAGAAUGUCGGGCAGGUUUAUCCAGUGACAUUUACCACUUAACUAAGAGUUUUGGAAAUAUCAGAGUAUUGCUAUAUGGUUGCGUUAUUCUAUUUCUGAAAAGAAAAAAAAAUAUUAGAAGUACUGAAUUUUGGUAGGAAUUGGACCAACUCUUUGUUCGUUUUGUUUGAUUGUUUAUAAUGGUAUGAAUCCCCCCCCCCCCCAUAUAAAGCACUUCUUUUAGUUAAUUUUAGGUUUAAAUCAUUUUUAAAAGGUUUUGAUUUUAGAUUUUCAUUUGUUAUAUCAGCAUAGUCUUGCCUAUCAUCUUCUUGAUUUUCUAUGAAAUGUGUUAUGCUGUUGCACGGUUGGAGAAUUUCCCAGCUACAAAAGAAAGCAUGCACGUUUGCGCACAAAACACGUUUCACAGGCCACCUAAGCUUCGCAUGAGCUCAGGCAUGUUAGCUGCAGUUUUUGAGAGGGUUUCUGUUUUCAAAGACCCUCAAAGACAAAACCUCUCAGGAUUUUUCAAAUGAACAUUCAUCCGAACAGAAUCUAGACCGGAGCAAACGCUGAGUUGCUGUAGGACAAGAACUGCUUUUAUCUACCUAUAACGCUCUGCACCUGAAUGUGUGCAUAAAUAUAGUCUAGGAUGAAGAGGAGAACUUUAGAAAUGUAAAAUUUAGCUUGAUAUUUAGCUGAGAUUGUUCAAUUUCUGUAUCAUACCAGGUCAGGGUUGAGUGAGAAUCUAAUGUGCAGGUAGGAUAGGAUGAAUUUCACAAAAUAAUAAAUGGUCACAUUUCAUCCCAGAAGAGAGGGAAAAAAAACUAUUUUUUAUGAAGGAAAUGAAGCCUAUGUUUAAGACAUUUAAGAUUGUUUGCAUUGCAACUAGUGCUGUCGGUCAAUUUAAAUAUUUAAUCAUGAUAAAUUGCAUAAUUUUUCAUAGAUAUUCACGAUUAAUUGCAGAUUUGAAAAGUGCUGAUAUUUGACUCAUAGCUUCUUUUUCUGUCAAAUGCAUUUAGUUCCAUCCUAGAAAACAAAACAAUAUGUAAAGAUGUUUUAUUAACAUUUUCCAAACAAAGCCUUCCACAGUAUAAAGAUAGAAAUGCACUAAAAUGGCACCAAUUCAAGUAACAUUAAACAUUUCCCAAAGUCUAAUUGGAAAGUUGACUAAUUGAAAGAACUAGUCUCCACAGGUUGCGUAUUUCUUGCGAUGGGCAUUAAAUCCCUUUAACUCCAAUAUAUCCUCCACAAUAUUAAUCGGCUUGCAGACUGUGGCUAUCCACUUUGCUACAGCAAUCGUGAAGCCGCAAUAAUAUGACUUGUGUCGGGGAGUCAACGCAUUGCUCAACGACAGCAGCAAGCACUGCUCUGAAGUUUGAUCUCCACAUGAGGAGCGCUGCAGAGAAUGAGUUCAGAGUGGCAUACUACCAAUAUUGCUCUUACAUUUUCAGUAAUAGCUAUGUAUGGCAGAUUUAGUAAGAGUAAUAUGGUAGCAUGCCAUUCCAAACAUUGUCAACGUCUUGUUCUGCUUUUAGUGCUGGCUCUGCCCAUGCAAUGAUAUUUCAUCCAGUUGUCCUGUAUAUAUUAGCUGACGCUAUGAAAGAUCAGUGGCAACUCAGGUCAAAAUGUGAAUGGUUUGUACUUUCAGCGGAGCAUCGACAAACAUUUCACGGGAGAACUCCAACAAUCUAGCCGGCCGCAGCGGUCCCUAAUCAGUGUCAUGGAUCGUAUGUUUGGCUUUUAGGUGAUAGUUUAGACUUGACGUGCUUCUGUGGUAAUUAAAUUUUGUCUUACAAAGGACGCAAGGUACUUUAUUUUUGUUACAAGUCCCAUCUGGGUUUGUUUUGUAAAAGGUCCUUUCUCCAUCGCUUGAUCAUAAUGAAAUACUCAGAGUUUGAUAGAAGUUUAGCUCAAUCGACAGCAUUUGUGGCAUAAUGUUGAUUACCACAAAAAUGUAUCUCAUCCCUCCUUUAAAAAAUAAAUAAAACAUCGAGGUUACAGUGAGGCACUUACAAUGGAAGUGAAUGGGGCCAAUUUUUGGAAGUUUUAAAGGCAGAAAUGUGAAGCUUAUAAUUUUAUUAAAGCACUUUCAUUAAUUCUUCUGUUAGAACUUGUGUAUUUCAGCUGUGAAGUUGUUUAAAUCGUAAUUUUUGCGGGAUUUCAGGGUUACAUGUUUACACACGUUGUUUACGUCUUGUGGCUGUACUACAGUGAGUAUUUUAACGUUUAUAGAUUGGCCCCAUUCACUUCCAUUGUGCCUCACUGUAACCCAGAUUUUUUGUUUGUUUUUUAAGAAAAGGAGAGAGAAGUCAAUACAAGAUAUAUGUAAUAAUACUUAACAAUUUAAUUACUGUCAUGAUACAUCAUUUUCAGAAUACAAUAUAUAUAUGAAAAUCGGGGGGGUGAGGUGCUUAUCAUGAAAAUGUCACAAUGGCAAAAAGAUUUUAGAGGUUCUAAAAAUAGGCUUUAUUUUCUUUAAAGUGAAUUUUUUGUUUUAUUUUGUUUUGGGGUGAAAUGUAACACAAAUGUGUUCUUUACUGGUUUUGAGAUUCACCUGCUAAGGGACAUGAACCCGUCCUGCUCAGAUCGUCCAGUCUAGCAAAAACAAAAUUUGCUAUUUGUACCUGAAUGCAAAUUGCAGGGCUGUUUUAUCACACCUCAAGAUUCAUCUGUCAUAGUAACAGAACAGUAGGGUUUUCAAAUGUACCAUAAGUAUGGUUCUCUGUUCAAGUCCUACACUCUUGUGUUAGUUAUGAAGCAAUUGGAGAACAGUGGGCGAACUGUAACUUGAUUUGAUUUUUAUCAUAUGUGUGGCCAGUGUAUUAGUCUAUUUUAAUGUAGUUUUCCAAUCUUUGGGUUUCUUUGGACGGCUUGAGUUUGCACAGAAGCAAACUAGUGCCUGAUGUCUUCGUUUAAAUGUGCUUCUGCGAUUCUGAAUAUCAGCUAAAUCUUUGUGCAUUGUGUUUAGAGUGAUUGUCAAUGUAUAAUUGCACAUUUGUAAUAGAUUUAAGCCUUUCUGUGCACAGAAUGGGGCACAAGAGACUUCCUCAACACACAGAGGGAGUUUCUUUAUAUUUAACAUUUUGUUACUUAAUGUCCCUUUUAUUUCAAGGUCCACAAAUGUUCACACAAUCACGUUACCUGUCGCGUAAUGUCGCAUUGUACCCUGUGAUGAAUGUGCUACCCUAAGGGCAGAUUAGAUUAGUGACAAAUCGGUCACGUACACACUACAAUGAUGUGUAUAUGGUUGUCACUACUCCUCUGUACACACAGAGUUCAGUUAUUUUUGGGAAGUGAAAACUGAAUUCACUUCCCAAAAAAUUCAGGUAGUGACUAUUGAAGUGUGUACAGAACCAAACAAAACUACUAGUUGAAUAUCAUGUUAGGCCAUGUCUACACUUAAUACGUUUUCAGUUUCCUAACGUCAUCAUUUUCCAAAGUAUUCGGUUUUCGAAGAGCGUUUUCGAACUGCUUUGUUUUCGGUGGAGGAAUACGCCAUUCCAGUCUGGAUGAAUGGCAUAAACGUAGCAAAAUCCAUGUAUUAAUGUGGACAAUAGCUUAAUGGGGAAAAAAACAGCGCUUUUGUCGAUGCCGGUUUAUUAUAAAUUUCUAGAUCAUUUUACAACUUUGGUUGCAAAUUUGUUUAGUCAGAAAUAGCUAAUUCCAAACUGGUUAAACCAAUGGCAUUUUGGUUUACAGCUGCGUAACGCUAAAACAUUGCUAUAGAUCAUCACCAUGUCAACCAGUGCAGAUUAAGAAGUGAAUCUAGUAUCCCAUACAAACACAUUAUUGGAUUCGCUCCUGUAUUUAAACACUGUUGUCACUUCCCAAACUUCGCAGUGUGUACAUGGCCAUACAGAAGACAAUUCUUGUGUACCAAACCCACUUAUUUCCUUUUUGGGGUUUUCUAAUGGGGGGCUGCAGUUUGCAGGAUGUCUGGUUUUCAUCCUUUUUGUGCGUUUCCUCAGUCAGACAUCAGUGCACUGAUUGUUCAGUUCUGUGUUUGUGUAAACACGUCUAUAAAAUACUGUCUUGAGUCUCAUGGAGCGUGUGGUUUACUUUUGUACGCGUAUUUAGCUUUUUUGGGGGGGGGGGGGGGUUAGGGCAGGUUUCAGAUACAAUGAAUUAAUCAAACAUUGUAAUAAGCAUAAUUGCGCACUUGGAGAAUCUACUGUCUUUGUGUUGGGGGUGGGGAGGUUACACAAUGCUGUUUUACUGUCUUUCUGAUUGUUUGAAAAUCGGGAAAUAUCAGUGAAUGUACAUUGGCGUUUUCUUUCUUUUUUUUUUCGCUUUUGAAUUGGUUAUAAAAAUAAACGAUUAUAACAGUAUAUCUAAUAAACUUCGAAACAAGUUGUGCUUCUCAGUCUUUAUUUU